AUGGAACCCUUACUCUUCAUAUACGAGUCGACCUACGUUAUCGCGACAUGUUUAGUCAAGCUAUCUAUUAGCUUGUUUCUUCUUCGGUUCACGAUCGAACGCAAAUAUACCUGGACUCUAUACGUUGUCCUCGCCACACUUUUCAGCUACAGUGUAUUCUUGCUAUUCUUCGCGCUGUUUCAGUGUACACCGGUGUCUGCAUUCUGGAAUAAUUCAGGAAAUUGCAACACAAUUGGGACAAUCAAGGUUACGUAUGUGCACUCGGCCAUUAUUAGCGCAUCCGACUGGUUACUCAUCUUCUUGCCUAUCUUCAUGGUCUAUAACCUUAAUCUUGGAUUCCUUACCAAGCUAUAUGUUGGGAUUAUCCUGGGUCUCGGCUCAUGGUACGUUGCCAAAAAGGCUGCCCAUCACAGAGAAAAGCUUUCGCGGGCUCACUCUCAGGCAAAACAGUGCCAGCAUUGCCACUCUGGCAAGAUUUGCUUAUAUCCAUGA